GUACAACGAUGGAGCAUCUAAGCAAUUACUUGAGGAUUGGUAUAAGUGGUCCAGACAGGCUGUUACCGUAUGACUUUUUGAAAUAUUCUCAAAGAUGGUAUGAAGAAACUGGUCACCUACCUGCUGACUUUCCUGGUGCUACCAGAGGGCCAGGAAAAAAAUUACAAAAGCGCUUAGAAGAAGAAGAAAGUUUCAAAUCCAUUUUCGACUCAGAACGCUUUUGCACGCAAUUCUACUUCUACUCCGAUGACCUUUUGGAGGAAGAAGAAGAUUUUUCAGGCAGCGAACUUGUUGUCUCUGACGUU